AUGGGAAACUUUGUGGGUGACAUCGUGAUAUGCGUGCUGCUACUACUUUCAGUUAGCGUCAUAUUUGGAACUAGCGAGAUUAUAAAAUUAUUCACAAGCAAUGGAGAUGAGAUUCUCAAAACGUCUACAUACAGUUGGAUCAUUCGAUUAUGUUUAAAUUUAUUGGGAUACGCCACUGUGCUGUUGCCAGGUUGCCUUAUAUAUAAAUAUGUACGCUAUACAAAAUACAUUCAGAGAAAUGGAAAAGGCUGUAUUUCUAGACUGGUGCAUUCGUGCUUUAUGGGACACUGCGAGACAGGUCUCUUGGACUCACCUUAUGCUUCUAAUGCUUCCACUCACGUCCAGCGUACCUUCGCUCAAGAUACUCUACUCCUGAUAUAUUGUUUUCUUGGAUUGCAAAUUAGUUAUUUAACGUGGGGUUAUUUGCAAGAAAAGAUAAUGACGCAGGAAUACGAAGAUGCUUCUGGCAAUAAAACGCGAUUUCAAGAUUCACAAUUUUUAGUGUUCGUGAAUCGCAUACUUGCUUUCCUGAUGUCAGGAUUGUAUCUACUUGUUCAACGUCAGCCGCAACAUAAGACACCAUUAUAUAAGUAUGCAUUUUGUUCGCUGUCAAAUAUCAUGAGCAGUUGGUGUCAGUAUGAAGCUUUGAAAUAUGUCAGUUUUCCAUCGCAGGUUUUAGCUAAAGCCUCGAAAAUUAUUCCAGUUAUGAUAAUGGGAAAAAUAAUUUCGCAUACAACAUACGAAUACUACGAAUAUGUUACCGCAAUUCUUAUUUCUAUUGGAAUGACGCUUUUUAUGUUGGACAGUUCUGAUCAUAAAAAUGAUGGAGCAACAACGCUCUCCGGUGUUAUUUUACUUGGAGGUUACUUAUUAUUAGAUAGUUUUACAAGUACCUGGCAAAAUGCACUCUUUAUAGAUUAUGGCGUAACAAGCGUACAAAUGAUGUGUGCAGUUAAUAUGUUCUCUUGUUUGUUGACUGCAAUGUCUCUGUUUCAACAAUCAAGCUUUCCACUAAUAUUUUCUUUCAUGACAACGUAUCCCAGGUUUAUAAUCGACUGUUUGCUGAUUUCGAUUUGUUCAGCAAGUGGCCAAUUGUAUAUUUUUUACACCAUUUCGAAAUUUGGAUCCAUUACAUUUGUCAUUAUGAUGACUAUUCGUCAGGGUUUGGCGAUACUACUAUCAUGUUUAAUCUAUCAACAUGAAAUCACCGUUGUCGGAGUAUUUGGUAUAGUAUUGGUUUUUAGUUCGGUAUUUUUACGAAUUUACUGCAACAAACAAUUAAGUGCAAUCAGAAAACGCAGAGUCGCGGCAAAUAGUAUAAAGCAUUAAGAGUUGUAUUAGUUAGGCAGAAUUGCAAUUUUAAUUGCCAUACAAAUAGAAUUUUAUCAACUGUUUAUUGUAAUUGUCCUAGAGUAGGAUAGGAUUCUGUCGUAGUAAUUAGAUAUUGACUAAUUAUGGACGCUAAAUUUUAAUCCUUCAUUUAUAAUGCUAUUGUAAUUUCUUUUCAUAUUCUAAAUAUCACGAAUGUAUAUCAAUAGUUUUUAAUUGUAUGGACUUUGAGAGAAAUAUUUAUUAUAAGUUUUGUAGAGUAUGUUCAUUAUAUAUCAUACAGAUGUAACAUAUUUAGGAAGAUAUGUACUUGAAGAUAUGUGAUCUGAAAAAAAUGUCGGCAUUAUACCAUUACGAAUUGAAAAUGUAUUACGCCACAUGUAUUAUGGCGUAAAUAUUGUACUAUUUAUUUGAAAAAUAUUUAUUUUGAUAAAAAUGCAUAUACACAACAAA